AUGGAAUACAUAUUUACAAAAAGGAUUACGGGUGGCGAGCUGUUUGAGCGUGUGAUUGAUGAAGACUUUGUACUCACCGAGCGUGCCUGCACUGUAUUCAUGCGUCAAAUAUGUGAAGGGAUCGAAUUUGUUCACCGGCAAAAUAUACUGCAUCUUGACAUGAAGCCAGAAAACAUCUUGUGCCUCACUAAAUCUGGAAAUCGUAUAAAAAUUAUCGACUUUGGUCUUGCCCGUUUCUACGAUCCAGAGAAGAAGUUACAAGUUCUAUUCGGAACUCCCGAGUUUGUCGCCCCGGAAGUCGUUAAUUUCGACCAAAUCGGCUAUGGUACUGACAUGUGGUCAGUUGGCGUUAUCUGUUACGUUUUACUGUCCGGCUUGUCGCCUUUCAUGGGAGAAACGGACAUAGAAACAAUGGCUAACGUGACGAUUGCCAAAUACGACUUCGACGAUGAAGCCUUCAAUGAAAUCUCGGAAGACGCAAAAGAUUUCAUCCAGAAACUUCUCGUGAAAGACAAAGAGUCACGGCCGACUGCCACGGAGUGCUUACGACAUCGGUGGAUUGUCAAAAGAGCACCUGCGAAACAAGACAAACCGACGCCGCAGCCGCGACUAUCACCAAAACAGGAACUAGACAUGGCUAAAGACAACCUUCGACUGUUUGUCGAAAGGUGGAGCGAGCAUCCCAACUCCCCGUACGUCUUCGACAAUGAAUCACAAGAAAUUCUCUGUAUGGUCAACGGAGAGAGGUCUUCCAUCGGAGGCUGCUCACCGUCACCCAGGAGCUCUCUGAGCAGUUCCCCAGAUAUGGUCUUUGACGAAGAUGAUUUGGAACCUCCACCCUUAAGAGACCCCGUCAACUUAAAAACUCGAUACAACCCAGUCGAAAGAAGGGCGUCGGACAGCAGUUGCUUCUUACAUAAAAGGCCAGAUGUAUUGGUACGAAAAAAUUUGGCUGAAGAAAUUAAAAAAUUGUCCGAUCACCUCUAUAUGCUAUCGACUAUGAACACAGACUUGACAAACAACAAUAAUUCUGCAAAGGAAAUGGACAAGAAUGUUCUGGAACGGAAAAUCUCGAACGACGAUAAUAAACUUAAAAAUGGUUUCAAAAGUGAUUCGAGAUCGACAUUUAUGAAAACAAUGAUCAAUGGUGACACUCACGAGAAAAGAAUAUUCACAUCUAAGUCGAGUAAUAGGGUAACUUCAACAUUUUUAACAGAGCGGGAACCAGAAAAGCCCAUGACCAGUAAAAUGCCUUGGGCUAAAACUAGAGCGAAAAGAGUAACCAGUACUAGUAGAGAUGUCCCGGACCAACCGACGGACAAACGUAACACGUUCUUCGAAGAAUUUGAUAGAAGACGAGGGAAGAUAGAUAAACUGGUGAGCGGUUACGAAAAUGGAAAACAAGUGCCAUACAAACGUGGAGAUGAAAAUAACGCGCAUCGAACGAAGGAUUUGCUUCUACAUCUCCUGGAAAAGUGGGGAGAGACAGAGGAAGUGGAGGCCGAAAGAUCAGCGGGAGGGCCGUCGAAUGGCCGACAUCAGUCCAUAUCCUUAGAAUGGUCAUCCUCUAACCAGCUCGCGCAGAACUCCAUGUCGAGCCUUCAUGCAUUCUUCCAACGACAAACAUCUGACGAAAAAAUCCAACGGAAAAAAGUGACAGCUUCAAGUUCCAAGUGA